UAAAAAGUUAUUCCAAACAACUUGAAAAACGCCCAUUCGAACGCAGGUUUUGAUAUUUGAUUGUGUCUUUUGGAGGACACUUUGUGGCUGACACUGCAGGAAUUGCGCAUCGGACUGAAGUGAAGCUUUUCGUUGGACGGGGGAGCUCGCCGACGCCUUUCUGGACUGCUCAUCGUCUCUCUCAGCGACCCAUGAGCCGCUGAAAAAAAGAAAGAAAGAAAAAAGCAGCGGACCACAUCGGGAAAAGUAGUUUGAAAGCCGCAAUGGGCUGCACCAUCAGCGCCGAAGACAAAGCCGCGGUGGAGAGGAGCAAAAUGAUCGAUAAAAACCUGCGAGAAGACAGGGAGAAGUUACUGAGAGAAGUGAAGCUGCUUUUGCUCGGUGCUGGGGAAUCGGGGAAAAGCACGCUAGUCAAGCAGAUGAAAAUCAUUCACGAAGAUGGCUACUCAGAGGAAGAGUGCAGUCAGUACAAGGUGGUGGUCUACAGCAACACCAUCCAGUCCAUCAUGGCCAUCAUCCGGGCAAUGGGACACUUAAAGAUAGACUUUGGCGAUGAGUCCAGGGCGGACGAUGCCCGACAACUGUUCGCGCUCGCCAGCUCGUCAGAGGAAGGGGCGAUGUCGGCCGAGCUCAGCGGCGUGAUCCGGCGGCUGUGGGGCGACCGUGGCGUUCAGGCCUGUUUUGACAGAUCACGAGAAUAUCAGCUCAACGACUCUGCUCCAUACUACCUGAACGACUUGGAUAGGCUCUGUCAGCCCAACUACAUACCGACCCAACAAGACGUGUUGCGGACGCGUGUCAAGACCACGGGCAUCGUGGAAACUCACUUCACCUUCAAAGAUCUCUACUUCAAGAUGUUUGAUGUGGGAGGUCAGCGCUCGGAGAGGAAGAAGUGGAUUCAUUGUUUUGAGGAAGUCACGGCCAUCAUUUUCUGCGUUGCGCUCAAUGACUAUGAUCUGGUCUUGGCUGAGGACGAGGAGAUGAACCGCAUGCAUGAAAGCAUGAAGCUUUUUGACUCUAUCUGCAACAACAAGUGGUUCACAAACACUUCCAUCAUCCUCUUCCUCAACAAGAAGGACCUGUUUGAGGAGAAGGUCGGCAAGAGUCCGCUCACAAUCUGCUACCCGGAAUACACAGGUGAGAAUUCGUACGAGGAGGCGGCGAUGUACAUCCAGAGCCAGUUUGAAGACUUGAAUAAACAAAAGGGCAGCAAGGAGAUCUACACCCACUUCACUUGCGCCACGGAUACCAAGAACGUGCAGUUUGUGUUUGACGUCGUCACGGAUGUCAUCAUCAAAAUCAACCUGACGGAUAUCGGGCUUUACUAAAGCCACGAAGGCAUCACGAGGGGACUCUGGUCGCCCUUGGCUGGUACAGUAUGCUGUGUCUGCAUAAGUUCCUGUGGAAAGUGUUUUACGAAAGGACUAGUGAGCCGGUGCCGUCUGCAGCGAGUGUGGCAUCCGCCGUUGUGGGGGACUUGCUUCGCGAUACCUUUUAGUCUUGGCCGAGUUUACGCCGGGAUGAAGCGAUCGGUGAGAGCGGCUAGCGAAGCCGUCACUGUGAGUUCUUGUGGGUCUUUGCAUCUGGGGCAGGUAAAGACUGUCUGUUUUUCACGCUUAAACAUUCACUUGGGAAGAGUGGCGUGCAUUCACUUUACCUGGUUGUUUCGUGUUACGUAGCUUUUAUUUUUAAAUUGGCUGGCAGUAUUGCUUUGGAAUGUAUAAAUGCCAUAACUUGCGUAGAGGAGUUUUACAUACAGGUCCUGGGUUUACUUUGCGUAAAUCAAAUAAAUUCCGCAGCAGCACAAUCUAACUUUUUAAUACACUGCCUCACUGCACUUAAAGUUCAUAAAGGGAGAUAUUUCUCGACUAAUGUUAUUCACUUAGUAGGCUCAAUAUUGAAGCCAUUUCCCCCCCCCCCCCCAAGUGCUUAAAGAAGUGCAUUUUUGGUUUCACAACUCUCACCUCAUCCCGAGGAGGCCUUUAUUCUUCCCCUCAUGUCCUAUCAGUCAUUUUCCCCAUUUAGAAUUUCUAUGUCUUUGCUCUGCAUUUAUAUUGGCUCAUUUGAACAUCACGAGUCGACGGGGAGAACGCUCGCCCUUCCUUUGUUUUGUUUGAAAUGAAAACCUCACACCAGGCGGCCGAUGACCACCUCGAAGCGUUAGAACGGCCACUUCCAAACAAAGCCGUGAAGGUUGUAACGCGCACGGGGAAAACGGUCUGUAGCGGGAUGACCUGAUGCUUGACGUGGACAAGGGGACCGUCAACAGUACGGAAGACAGCAGGGAAUGCAAAUCAACACGUAAAUGUUGCUAUUUCGCACGGCAACAAAAUGUGCUUUCGCGGUUGCGUAUUCAAAGAGUUAGCAAAGCAGAAUUUGGGUGACUGCUCCAGCGCAGUAUGCGCAUCUUUAACUACUGUGCUGGGCCACGUCCACAUCUGGAGAACUGAUGCAAUCUUGUCCAUACUCUACGUCGCCCCAGUCAUUGUUUCAAUUCGGACUGCGUUUACACUUUUGAUACCAUUUUGCUUUGAUUUAAACGCACUGCUUAUCACUUAUUUAAAAUGACUUUUAUUAUUAUUAUUAUUUUUAUUUUUUUUUACUCUGGUUUAUUUGUUAUUAGUACUUUAAUCAAAGGAUUGCGUUGAACAAGAAGAAAUUGAAUAAACAUUUCCUACGAUGUGUGGCUUCCAUUGUCCUGCGUGACUACGGUAUACACAAGAAAGUGUUAAAAGUUGCAUCAAAUCUGCUUUUUUUAAACAUUAUGCAAGACAUUCUAGACCAACAUGCAGGUUUGCGCACUUUUCCCUAUGAAUUCCCACAUAUACGGUUGCAGUGAGAAGUUUACACUCAUCGUAGGUAUGAAAUGUCGUAUUUACUCGCAGCAUUUAAUGAUUCAUUUGAUUUCAUUUUUGAUGAUGAUACAACGUACAUCUUAAAUAUUCCCGGAUGUUCUGGACUAAUUCAGGAUAUUUGACCGCACUUAUUGACAAGUUGAUUUCCUGGCAAAGACUGACCUUUGAAGCAUAGUCCACAAAUGUUCAACAGGGUUGAGGUCGGGGCUUUGGGAAGGCCAUUCCCAAAGCUUAAUUUUAGCCAGCAUUAACCAUUUCAAAAGCGGUUUUGAUGUGUGUUUGGGAUCAUCGUCCAUUGGCGGGACAACCGGUGGUCAAGAAGAGUGCUCACAGAUCCGACCAGAAUUAUGCAAUUUUCUAUUUUUAUUGUUGAUGGCUCCAAAAAAGUGGUCGAGGCGAAACUCGCUAGGGGACAUUUAAGACUGAACGGGUAUGUUACAUAAUCAGUCCACCCUGGAAUCAAUCAAUCAAUCAAUCGUUGAGCUCACCGCAACUGUACCUGGAAAUGUCCGGAAUGUUUUACCCCCUCGCAAUGCGGCACAAAUGUAACAGACAACACUCAGUCAUUAAAAAGAUCCAAACAUUA